AGUACAUUUGUUUUAUUUACGCAAUGCUGCCACGUUAAAUGUUGAGACUCAAACUUUUCCCCAGUUAUUCAGUACUACCAGGGAAAAGCUCCAUUAACUAUUUCUCAAAAAUAAAUAUUUUCAGGCGUCAAACUUUCGAUACUUAUAUCCAUCACCACCUGUUCGAUGAAAUUCCCCAGAAAGAUAUAUCUUCCCUCAACUCUCUGCUCAACUCCCACACACGCAAUGGGGAAGCUGUUGCUACGUGGGAUCUCUUUCUUAAAAUGCACUGCACCCGCACUGAUCUCAAUUCCUACACAUUCACACCCGUCUUGACUGCCUGCGCGGCGCUUCUAGACCCGAAACGUGGGCACCAAGUUCACGCCUUGAUGAUCAAAUUGGGAGUGGAUUGUGAGAUAGUGCCCAAAACUGCCCUGAUCGACCUGUACUCCAAAUAUGGGCAGCUGGGAGACUCGGUUUCUGCAUUUUAUGAGAUGCGUUACAGAGAUGUGGUCGCUUGGAAUGCUAUUCUUUCCAGCUAUUUGCGCCACGGGUUGCCGCGAAAAGCCCUCGAAUUGUUUGCGGAUAUGAGGAAGGAAAGAGUGGAGUUCAGUGAAUUUACUUUGUGCUCUGCGCUUAAAGCUUGUGCUUCCUCGAGAGCUUGUCAGCAGGGUAAGCAAAUUCAUGCCGUAGUUAUAGUAAUGGGCCGUGAUUUGGUCGUCCUGAGCACUGCUUUGAUUAAUUUUUAUUCGCACUUGGGCCAGAUUGAUGCAGCAAUGAAAAUCUAUCGUACCCUCAGCUGCAGAACGGAUGAUGUUAUGUUCAAUACCUUGAUUUCUGGGUGUGUUCGUAAUAAAAGAUAUGAUGCAGCUUUGUCGAUUAUGAGUUUAAUUCGCCCUAACGCUGUGGCACUUACUAGUGCCCUAUCUGCUUGUUCUGAGAAUUCGGAUAUUUGGAUUGGGAAGCAGAUACACGGAGUCGUUAUACGUCAAGGAUUUACUCAUGAUACUCAACUGUCUAAUGCAGUGUUAGAUAUGUAUGCUAAAUGUGGCAAAAUUUGGGAGGCAAGUUUAGUUUUUGACAGAAUAGCUAGAAAAGAUGUGGUGUCUUGGACGAGCAUGAUAGACGCAUAUGGUGUUCAUGGCUAUGGGGCUGAAGCUAUUGAUUUAUUCAAGAGGAUGGAAGGAAAGGAAAAUAAUAAUGUGUUGCCAAACUCUGUGUCAUUUCUAGCUGUUUUAUCGGCCUGUGCUCAUUCGGGUCUAGUGGAACAGGGCCGCAAGUACUUUUACAUGUUUCAGGAGAAGUAUGGCUUAGUGCCAGCUCCAGAGCACUAUGCUUGCUUUAUAGAUAUACUGGGCCGAGCUGGUCAAAUUGAAGAAGCGUGGUCUCUUUUCCCUGGUAUGGUAGACAAAAAUAUUAAGCCUUCUCCUGCAGUUUGGGCGGCGGUAGUGAAUGCCUGCAGAAUUAACCUAGAUGUUGAGAGAGGUGAAUUUGCUGCUAAAUGCCUCAUUCAAUUGGAACCAAAUAACCCAGGGAAUUACGUAGCACUUUCCAACUUUUUUGCAGCCAUUGGAAGAUGGGAUUCAGUUGAUGAGUUGAGGAGCAUUAUGAAGAGAAGGGGAAUAAUUAAGGGAGAAGGAGGUAGUUGGGUCACUAUGCACAAGUUUGGUGAUAAAAUUGAGCAUGAACAUUCUGGGACAGCAAGUUUUGGAAAUCUACAGGAGGUUUUGCUAAGGAAUUACUACGUUUAGUACACAAAUUUGUUAUGUCAUGACAGUAUAGUUGUUAUCCUGUUUGGCAAUUAAUUAUUGUCCAGAAAUAGUCGGAGGGUUUCUUUCUUAAUAUAUAGUGAUCUUUGAAUA